ACGAAAUUGUCAAUUGUCAAUAAUUUUUUCCAAAGAAAAAAAAAGUUGUUUUUGUCGAUUUCUUGUGGCAAUUGAGCAACAAUGGUUAAGCAAAAUUCAUUUACAGCAUUCCUGAAAGGCGUAUACCACGACGACUUCAAAUGGGCUCUAGUGAAAAGCAUCGGUUUCUUCGCUUUAGGAAUAAGAAUCGCGCAAGAAUUCCAUGGGGUGGAGUUACUAACACCACAACCAACUUAAGUGCGUGUAUAUUAGUUGUAAAUAAAAAAUAAACAUGUUGUGGUUGUUUUGCGUCUUUCUUAUAAACCAGUCCCGGGCUUUGCCCAAUUUUGUGUUUGUUUUAACUGACGAUCAAGAUUUAACAUUGAGAAGCUUGGAUUUUUUAAAUGAAACUGUUGAGUUGGUAGCUAAUGAAGGGCUUACUUUUACGAAUUAUUAUGUCAAUUCGCCCAUUUGUUGCCCCAGUCGCGGUACGAUUUUGACGGGAAAAUACCCCCACAAUAUUGAAGUUUUUAACAACUCACUCUCCGGGGGUUGCUCUAGCUUGAAGUGGCAACAACAGUACGAAAAAAACACAAUUGCGUCAAUUCUCAAGGCACAAAAGAAUUACAAAACUUUCUAUGCCGGAAAAUACCUAAACCAGUAUGGGGAAUCGUAUAAUGGGGUUCAACAUGUACCCCCGGGUUACGACUGGUGGUUAGGACUUAAAGGAAACUCCAAAUAUUACAAUUACACCCUGUCUAUCAACGGCAGUGGCCACCACUUCGAGACAGAUUACCUCACUGAUAAAAUCACAAAAUACGCUUUAGAUUUUUUAAGUCAGUCAGACAAGAUAAAUUUUUUUAUGAUGUUGGCACCUCCGGCAUGUCACGCACCUUUUACACCAGCCCCCCGCCAUCGUGGUUUAUUCCCCACUUUGGAAACCAUCAAAACAGUUCCAUUUAAUUCAACACCAGUUAAUAAACACUGGAUUGUGGGGAUGCCCCCCACAAGUUUGCCCCAAAACGAUCAAAUUUUGGACCAGAUUUAUAGAAGUAGAAUCAGGACGCUUCAAGCUGUUGAUGAUAUGGUGGGGGCCCUCGUUACGAAACUGCAAGAAAUUCGAGUUUUGGAUAAUACGUACUUUAUAGUUACGUCAGAUAAUGGGUUUCAUAUUGGUCAAUUUACGCAACCAUGGGACAAAAGACAACCUUAUGAGAGUGACAUUCAUGUCCCUUUUAUGAUAAGAGGUCCGAAAAUUCACAGAAAAACUAUAUCCGACAUUCCUGUCUCAGCAGUAGACAUAUUCUCAACAAUUUUAGAUUUAGCAGGACUCACAUUUGAGUCAGAUGGACAUUCUUUUAAAGAAUUUUUAUUUAAAAAUGAAUCAUUUCAUAACGAGUAUAUUUUAGUUGAAUAUUGGGGCGAAGGCAGUGCGAGUUCCAUUGAUAGCACAUGUCCGUGGGGCCCCACUGACCAGUUAUCGGAAUGUGUGCCAGAAGCGUGGUGCAAGUGCCAGGAUGCGAGAAACAACACCUACAGAUGUGUUUUGGACAUUUCAAGUGUGAAAAAAAUCAAAUUUUGCUUGUUUGAAGAUGGCUUUAUCGAAGCAUACGAUUUAAUUGAGGACCCACACGAACUUGUUAAUUUGGAAUUGGACAAAAAUCAAAUUACUAAUUAUGUUACUGUUCUUGAAAAAUUGAAACUGUUGGUGUUUCGCGUUGUGCAAAAAUGGCGGUGCUUGAAACGAGUAUGACAUCCAAGACACGUGAAAAUGCAAAGAAACCGCCAAAAAAUAAUAAAAAACAAGCCAAAAAGGUG